AUGCCAAACACCACCGGCAAGAUCUGCCAGUGGGGCUGCUACGACGAGGAGGAUGAGGCUUGCCACGCGGGCCUCACGAACAUGCAGUGCGCAGAGAUCUACGGCCAUGUCGACUGGAUCCAGGUGUGCGACUGUGUCGAUGAGGCGACCGGCCUUCGCGACAACGUCACGGUGGCCGCUCCAAGGUUGGAGUCGGCCAACAUCUAUUUCUCCGUGCCGGCCUUCGUCGUCCUCUUCCGCGAGAGCUUGGAGGUAGUCAUCGUGCUUGCGAUCAUCAUGCAGUUCCUGACCAAGAUGAAGAAUGAUGGGCUUCUCGAGCAGAAGCUGUUCUACAAGUUCCGGCGGGAGGUCUACGUGGGCGCAAGCCUGGGCUUCGCCGUCUGCUUGCUCUUUGGAGUGGGCUUCUUGGCCCUCGCCUCCUUGACCUACCAGCUCUUCGAGGGCGACAACGAGCGCAUCUUCCAGUUCUGCAUGAUGAGCCUCACCUGCGUGGUUCUGACCUUCCUUGCCGUGAACUUCUACAAGAUGAUCUACACGAAGGAGGCGCAUGAGCGAAAGAUGAAGAAGCAGAUGGAGGAGACGCUCGAGGCGUCCCGCGCCGCGGAGUCCGGAGACGAGGUGGGCUUUGGUAGGAAGCACGCCUUCUUCGUCCUGGCCUUCACGACCGGGCUGCGGGAAGGCCUCGAGUCCAUCGUCUUCCUGGUGGGCGUCAUCUCGGAUGUCAAGGAUCUCAGCUCCCUGCCGCUGCCCAUCAUCACCGCACUCGUCCUGGCCCGCGUCGUUGGCUGCAUCUUCUUCCAGGGGACCAAGGGCUUGAAGGUCGACUGGUUCAUGCGCAUCUCGGCUGUGCUGCUCAUGAGCAUCGCAGCCGGCUUCUUUUCCUCCUCCAUGCACCAGCUGCAGGAGCUGGAUGUCUUUGGCGUCUGGAGCCCGCGAAGCGAGAGGCCCUGGCAGAACGUGAACGUUUGGGACGCCACGGACUGCUGCAACGACAAGACCAACCGCUUCUUUGUCCUCAUGCGGGCCAUCUUCGGCUGGCAGGACCAGGCCACUCCCAUUGAGAUCUUCGCCUACAUCUUCUACUGGAUUCUGGCCACCAUGCUCGUCUCCCUGAUGAUCUGGCGGGCCAAGAAGCAGCUCGCGAAGAUGCUUGAGAAGUGGCGCGUGCUGGAUGAGGAGGCAGCCAAGGAGGCCCUUAAAGAGGCGAAGGAGGAGGAGGCUACAGGGGAGCUUUCGGAGAGAGAAGGCGCUGAUGCCGGGGCGCCGUCCAUCUGA